AUGGUGUACUCGGAUAUCAUUCUUCUCCUCACGGCCCGACUCACGUCCAGACUCCUGGCCAGCAUGCGGAUGUCUCAGAGACAAACACUAUUCGGGCAGUCCAUUCUGACGCCGAACGAACUUGUACUGUUUUGCGGCGUGCCUUUUGAAAACAAACAAAAUUGGCCAUCUGCACAACAUCCCAGAAAUGAACGCAGUGGUAAUUCAAUGUGGUCACAGUUAUCCGCUGCUCUGUAUGCGAUCCUCAAUCCAAGGAAGUACAUACAGAAGCUUUCCAAAAAAGCCACUCUCCUAGGUGCCGCAAUGACAUUUUCUGCGGAGAAACUUUCAGAUGAAAACAGAGAAAUUUUAACACUACCAUCUGCCCGAAUUGUUAAAUCGGAGGCUGAACUCAGAGCUCGUGAAGUAGUAAAGAACCGUUUCACUUGUUCUGCAGGUGGUGAUGGAGACAAAAUCGAGCUUGAAGAUUUCAGCCGCCCUGUAAGACCAACGGCAACUGUGCAUUCAGACUACGAUCGCAGAUAUGCACUAUCGACGUAUGCUUUCAAGAACCAAUCCUGCCUUGUCCCAAAGACUGCGAAGUUACUCCCCCAUUCACAGGCUUCGAGCCUUUGUCAGAAUAAAGCAGCUUUUUUCAGUAGUAUCUUCCUCGGACUUGACGAUGCCAGUCCAAAUGGCUACUCAGAAAUAAUGAUUUGUCCAAACCGGAAUAUUCCAGCAACCUGUUGGCAACUCAGUUUUUGGACUGCAGCCGCCAACGAUUUGGAAGAUUUUGUGGUGUCCAUCAGAAUGAACCGAAACGUUUAUGCACUCAAGAAAUUGUGGGGAUUACCAGCAUAUGUGUCGUCAACGCGCGAGGCAGAGUUGGGAUCUGGCCAUUUCGCCUUGUCUUCGGAAGCAUUCUUCUGA